AUGCUGGACCAACAACGCAACUGCUGCAACAACAACAGCAGCACCAACAACAGUUGCAUCUACAACUGCUGCAUCAACAACAGCUGCAACAACAACAGCGCCAUCUGCAACAACCGCAUCUACAACUGCUUCACCAACAACGGCAGCCCCAACAACAGCAGCACCUACUACAGCCGCAGGUACUACAGCAGCACCAACAACAGUUGCAUCUACAACUGCCGCAUCAACAACAGCCGCAUCAACAACAGCCGCAUCUACAACAGCGGCACCUACAACAACCGCAUCCACAACUGCUUCACCAACAACGGCAGCCCCAACAACAGCCGCCGCUACGACAGCAGCACCUACAACUGCCACUCCAACAACAGCAGCCCCUACUACUGCAGCACCAACAACAGCCGCAUCUACAACUGCAGCAUCAACAACAGCAGCUCUUACGACAGCAGCACCUACAACAGCAGCAUCUACAACAGCUGCACCUACGACAGCUGCAGCUACAACACUAGCAACUACAACUGCUGGACCAACAACGGCAGCACGAACAACAGCAGCUCCUACAACAUCAGUCCCUACAACUGCCCCAGCAACAACAGCAGCACUUACAACAGCAGCACCAACAACAGCCGCACCUAUAAUAGCACUACCAACAACAGCAGUCCCUACAACAGCAGCCCUUACAACAGCAGCACUUACUACAGCAGCACCAACAACAGUUGCAUCUACAACUACCGCAUCAACAACAGCCGCAUCAACAACAGCCGCAACAACAACAGCAGCACCUACUACAGCUGCAGCUACAACAGUGGCACCAGCAACUGCUGCACCAACAACGGCAGCACCUACAACAGUGGCACCGACCACAGCAGCACUAACAACAGCAGCACCUACAACUGCUGCACCUACGACAGCCAGGGUGUCCUUCAGAUCUGUUCAAAGCACAUUUACAAACGACUUGCUGAAUCCAUCAUCCACAGCUUUUAAAAAUCGAGAAACAUUGAUAACUGGACAGCUUGAACCUUUCUUUAAAUCAACAUUCCCCUCC